GUAGGUAUAUGAUGAAAGCGUUCCUAUUAAUAAACAGCGCGUACAUGUGUUCAUGUUAGCACACGCAGGUAUUUCUCUUUCCAUGUUAUGUGGUUGUUAUAUUUUUGUUACUGGUCUGAUGUGAUGGCAUAUACUCAGGUAUUGUGCGAUUGUGGAGAAAACAGGAACCAGUUUGACGACUUGAUAUGUCGUUGUAUUUUGAGACAGGUUGCAGAGCGGGAUUAAUGUGAAGAUAAGUUAUUACGAAUAAAAAUGGAAGUGUCAUAGUCGUAUAAUAAUCCAAGUUGAAUAAACACCGACAAGGACAUGUCUACAAUAAACACUAGUUUAGAUCAACAUUCGAAUUACAGCGUCCCUGAAAAUGCGACUGAACUUUCAAUUGAUGAUGUUCUUCAUCUUACCAUAGUUCCAGUUAUUACCGUCGGAAAAUAUGUGCAUUUGGUGUGGUACGCUAUCGGUUUUGUUGGAAACGUCAUUUCCGCUAAAAUAUGGAACGCAAAGCGCAUGUACGAGGUGUGCUCAUCGGCGCACUAUUUGGUGACGAUUUCCAUAUGUGACAUCAUAUGCCAAAUUUUACAUGUGUUCUACUAUAUGAAAUUUUACUGGCGUGUUCAUCUAUUCGACAAGCCGGAACUCUGUGAAUUCUGGAGUAUCAUGUAUAUGAUUCCGUUAUAUAUCAGCGAAAUUCUGGUUCUCGGUUUUACGGUAGAGAAGCUUAUAUCACUCCGCAAUCCGUUCAGGAGCGGCUGGUUUUCAAGGAACCAGAGGGCUCCAAAAGAAAUAGUAUGGAUAGUCGUGUCCGUAACGGCAUUUUCCUUGCCUCAAGCCUAUUUCUGGAAAGUGGACAACAAAGGAUAUUGUGACGACAACAGGCAUGAUGACGUCAUGGAGCAUCCAAUAUGGAUCUGGCUAACAGAAUCCAUUAUUUACCUUGUCAUUCCAACCAGUGUAGUUAUUCUGAACUUUAUAAUAAUUCAUACAGCAAAGCAUUCCAUAAUUCGUGUACGACACGGAUUAAAUAAGCAGGUUCAUGUUAGAAUAGCAGAAAGACUGAGGGAGUCCACAGUUGUUUUACUAGAGCUUUCAUUUUUCCGCGUAUUGACAUUAGUUCCCGCGGCUGUUGUGGAAAAUCUGCAACAGCUGGACUAUUUUAAGCCUAUUAAACUACCACCUGUGUACAGUGUUGAUGAGGUAUGGGGAAAUGAUAGGUGGCACAGAUUCGUAAUCUAUUCAGCGAUUUCAAAUUGUUUAUGGACAGUAUGUGCCGCCAGAUUGGCGUUUAGUGUCAUCAUUUACAGCAAGUCGUCCAGUCACUUCAGAACAGAACUAAAGAGAAUUUACCAUAAUUUCAUAAAUGAGGCAUGGACAUUCAUACGGAGAAAGUUGAAUUAUAAUAUUAUAGUCCGCUCUGAAGACUAACCAAAUAAUUAUACUACAGAUUUCCGAAUAAAGAAUUAAUAUCAAGUCUU